AUGGCUUUGCAACAAGAGUUCCAGUGUUCGCGGUGCCGCAUGACCCUCCCAUCUCACGAGUUACGAGACGAGUGUCCGUCGGCUGUCCGCAGACACUGGGGCCGGUACGACUACCGUCCCAACACCUGGGACGUCCAGAGGGAGUGGAGCUGCUGCCUGGAAGAGCGGGAAGACGCGCCGGGCUGCAGACGAGACGCCCAUGACGUCAUAGCUCCAGUACAAGGACUCAAGAUUCAAACUUCCGUCCAGGAUGUAGCCCAGUCGCUUCUUAAGAGCCGGCCUAGCCCAAUCUUGAAUACAUCAACCUCGUCAACUCCCGACCAAAGCAUUUCACCUUUCCCGACUACUAAAGAACAACAGCAAGGCCGUCGUAGUACUGAUUUGGACGAAAAGGACAAUCUACUUAGACAGAACCUUCAAACAGAGACGGUAAGAAAUGGAGACAAGGUACUAGUACGUUCUGUAGCAAGGAAACCGUUCUUGUAUGUACCUAUGUAUUUGCCUGAAGAGAUCACGGAAGAGACUACUAAAUUUUGUAGUAGAGACGACCCCUUGGAAAGGGGACCUAUGCCGACAGAGUUCGACAACAGUGAACGACUAACGGACACAAACGCCACGACGUCUUUCGUAACACACAGCAAAAACCAAGGCACUGAUUCCUGUGAGAAACAUACAGAUUGCGACGAAGAAAGGGGAUCCUUUUCUCAAAAUUUCAAAUAUGGAAGUGCGGCACUUGAAAAAGCAAAUUUAGGGGAGAAAGACGAGUCUGAACAGUCGACAGCUGCAGCAAGUUUUUCCUCGGAGAGUAGGUCACAGAAUCGCGGUGCACACACGGAUAAUCUUCCACAAAAAGAUCAAGUCAGUGCCGAUCAACAAGCAAGAUCAAGAGUUGUGGAUCUGUAUCAAGAAUGGUUGGAUAAACUCAGAUUAGAGUCGCCACCAUCGUCAUCACCCUUGACAGCGACGAAAUCACCGCCGAGAAGACUAAAAAACAUCCGGAAGGACCGGCGCUCCCAAUCGGACGACAAUCUGUCCACUCGGAGCAAGGCGCGGUCUCAUUCAUCGUUGCCGCGGCAACAGCCUCACAGACUGGCUGAAUGCAGGUCUCUCUUCAGCAGCGCCGUGGAUUUGACGUCGUGUUUGCGGUCAUCUGAGCAGGGAGAGAAAAGUGUUGACAAGUGGCUGGCAAACAGUCGGUCAUCUCAACAAUCGGGCCGUGAAGAACACAUGAUUCAAUUUGAGACAGAACGUACAAGUCACGCCAAAACUAUGUUGAUGAGUGGAGAAAAUGAUGGUGUUGACAGGGGACAGAAGAUGUCUGAUUUGACUGGAAUGAGACGUUGGAUACGCCCCACGUACACGUCCUUGUUCCCUACGUCGAAUUCGCGGCUGAGCAGUGUAUCAGCGCCGAAAAGCGAUAAAAGUCAAAACUGCAGGAAGAAAUCGACAUUGCCGCUCGCUUCUUCUACUCCUUUCGGAUAUUCCGCUAUCAUGGACGACGUUGCGACGAAUGACCGGUUCACAAAAUACACCCCAGAAGCCACCAGGGUCCGUGCGAGUUCUGGGAAUCCCGUGCCUGGCUGUUCCUCUCGUAUCCGUGCCAGAACAACGACAGAACACCCGCCCGUGGUCGUCAACAUCCACCUUACCACCCAACCCUUCCCGACCUUCCUGGCUCAUCAUCCCAAUUCGCCAGCGGCAUAAUCGGCAAAUCUCACCGCCGACGCAGUCUGCCAACAACCGCCAAGGCGUUUCACUGUCACAGGCAAGCUCAAACGUUCCUACG